UCAGCAUUCGCAGUAAUACGCACUCGAGUAAAAACGAGUUAUGCUGUAGUCUGUAGAUAGAGAAAUUUUUCGGCCAAUUUGCCUACUAAUUUAUUUUACAAUCCAAUGCUUUUCCAAAACCAAAUUUCAUUUUAGUUGCUGUCAUUGUUUACAUUUACAUGGCUAGUUUUGGACUUUAAGCCGGUUUUGGCCUUGAUUUUUUCUACGAAUUUCCGAAAACGACACCACUGUACACAAACAUGAGGGGUGGGCGGUAAUUUCCUAUGAAUCGAGGUGGAUUUUACAACAGAGAUUUGCUCGAUUCUAGUUUGCAAUUCCAAGAUACAAUCGUUUUUGGCUUUCGUCAUGCAGAAAUGUAUUAUAACAAUUUUUUCUCUUCUAUAUAGCUUGUUAAAAUAUGGAGAAACAGCGUGUUACUAUUCAUCGAACGCUUGUCCACAAGUUGAAAAAGACUUCUUGAAUGUUCAUAUUGUUCCUCAUUCUCAUGAUGAUGUUGGCUGGUUGAAAACCGUUGAGCAGUAUUAUUAUGGAGCUAAUAACUCGAUCCAGAAUGCUGGUGUUCAGUACAUUUAUGAUUCAGUUCUUGAAGAACUGUGGAAAGAUUCAGAGAAGAAGUUUGUUAGUGUUGAGAUGGAAUUUUUUUCACACUGGUGGAAAGAACAAAGCAGUCAUAUGAAAAGAAAGACCCACAAAGUAGUUGAAAGAGGGCAACUAGAAUUUGUCGGUGGAGGCUGGUGCAUGAACGAUGAAGCUGCCGCGUCGUAUGUUGACAUCGUCGAUCAAAUGACUCUGGGAUUGAAAUUUCUAAAUGAUACGUUUGGUGGCUGUGCUGCUCCAAAAGCUGUUUGGCAAAUCGAUCCAUUCGGGCAUUCAAGAGAGCAGGCCUCCAUUUUUGCACAAAUGGGUUUUGAAUACCUCUUUCUCGGUAGGAUUGACUACCAAGAUAAAGCUUCUCGAUUAAGUAAUAGAGAAAUGGAGAUGACAUGGGUUGCGUCUGAUAGUUUGAACACCAGCAUCUUCACUGGAGUGUUGUACAAUACGUACAGUCCUCCGCCUGGAUUUUGUUUUGAUGUUCUUUGUGGGGAUGAAACUAUAGUAGACGAUCCCGACAGUCCCAUGUUCAACAUUGAUCGCCGAUCGAAACAAUUGGUAGCCUAUAUAUUGGAGCAAUCAAAGCAUUACAGAACCAACAAUAUCAUCAUAACCAUGGGCGAAGACUUCCACUAUCAAAAUGCCCACACAUGGUACAAGAAUCUCGACAAACUAAUCAAGUAUAUAAACAAAGUCUACUUAAGCAGCAACAUACGCCUGUUUUACUCAACACCUUCGUGUUACGGUGAAGCGGUGAAAAACGCGUUCGCCGAAGCGUUACCGCGCAAAACGGACGAUUUUUUCCCAUACGCAAGUGACCCACAUGCCUACUGGACGGGGUAUUUUACCUCACGCCCGACUUUCAAAGGAUUGGUUCGGCACAGUAGUAAUUUGCUUCGAGCUUGUAAACAGAUUCAAGCGAUGACCGUCAAGAGGCGCUCCAACGUUCUUUUCCAAUUUCAACGAAGCCAGGCGAUUGCUCAGCACCAUGACGCCGUAACAGGCACUGCUAAACAGCAUGUGAAUAAUGAUUAUUUACUACGUCUAGACCAAGGUAUUCGCAGUUGUACCAAAAUAUUUUCGGAAUCGUUCAACCACCUGCUGUCAUUGAAUGGAUCAACUAUGAGACAAGAAUACUGCACAAUGCUGAAUAUCAGCCAGUGUUGGACGACAGAACAGAAUGCACCGUUUAUUGUCACGCUCUACAAUACAGUUAGCCUACGUUCCAGUCAUACUGUCCGAAUACCAGUUGCUGAUGGAUCUUACGCCGUUACCGAUCAUGAGGGUAGAUUAGUUGCGUCACAGAUGGUACCAAUCGCCGAAGCUGUUUUACGUCUCCCAGGCCGCAAUAGCACUGCUACGAAUGAACUUGUCUUUAUAGCUGAAGAUCUGCCACCCUUAGGUCUUCGCUCCUAUCAUGUUCAAACUCCAGAAGGCAAACCAGGCAAGCGGAUGUUACGUUCGCGAUCAAGAACGAUUGAUUUGCCAAAUGAAAAAGACGUCACUGUAUCGGCCUAUGGUUUAUCGUUGACAUUUGAUCGCCAGACUGGCCAUUUGAUACAAGUUGGCAACGAAAUGUUCAAGCAGCAACUGCUGUUCUAUCGAGGAAUGUCGGGUAACAAUAGUCGGUUUGAAUUUCGCGCUUCGGGCGCUUACAUCUUCCGACCGAACGGAACCGAAGCUUUCCCUCUCCAGCCCGUUACCAAGCUGACUACCAUUUUCGGUCCGAUCGUUACGGAAAUUCAACAACACUUCAGCGCUAACACAAUGCAAAUUUUCCGUCUUCAUCGCAACGCAUCUUACAUCGAACUGGAUUGGAUUUUGGGCCCCAUUCCAAUUGAGGAUGGAAUUGGGAAAGAAUACAUUUCACGUUUUACUGUCCCCGCCAUCCGAAACAACGGGACCUUCUACACCGAUUCAAACGGCCGAGAAGUGUUGGAGCGCCAACUUAACCAUCAGACGACCUACAAGCUCAACAUUACUGAGCCCACAGCUGGAAACUUUUAUCCAGUCAAUUCAUUCGCUUAUGUGGAGGAUAAAUUGACGAAAAUGAGGAUGACAGUUUUGAACGAUCGGGCUCAAGGGGUGUCUAGUUUGCUACCCGGUUCCCUGGAGUUUAUGAUUCACCGACGACUGUUGCAUGACGAUGCAUUUGGAGUUGGCGAGGCUUUGAAUGAAACAGCGUAUGGCGUCGGUUUGGCUGCCAGAGGAACGCAUUGGCUCAUGUUGGGAAAUACUGGAACCGUAGCGCGAUUUUUAGCGCAGCGAAUGGUUCAUCCUCCUAUUCUUAUGUUCGCUCCCACGACAUUCUCAGCCGAAGAAUUUCGCCAAUCUUAUCGGAUGGAGUUGGCUCUGAUCAACCGAGACCUCCCGCCGAAUGUAAAUCUUCUCACUUUGGAACCCUGGGACGAUGAAGGCCGCGUUUUGGUUCGUUUUGAACAUUUUUACGGCGUCGGCGAGGACGAGAGAUUUUCUCAUCCAGUCACCAUUUCUCUUAAGGGACUUUUUCCAACGCUAAAGAUCCAAACUGUAGAAGAAGUUAACUUGGCAGCCAACAGGCACAUUAGGACUCUAAACGCUGAUGAACUUGUGCUAAAUCCAAUGGAAAUCCGCACGUUAAUAGUAUCUACAUAAACAUGAAAUGAGAUUCCAAAAUCCAAGUACAUUUCUUCAUCCAUGUUUAUUAAAGCCGGCAAGUAAUGUCAGAAUCAGGGACCAGCCCCUCUGUGCCUCGCAAAGAGUCGCGUAACACUCAUUCAUUAUAAUUUACGUUAACUAGUUAAUAAUGGUUGUGGUUUUGGGGAAGGUGAGAUAGAUGGUAAUAAUCAAUUAAUCAUAACUACUAAUUCGAGUCAACAAGAUAAAAAGAGAAUUAAAGCAGCGAGAACAAAUAAAGCAAACUAUAACAAUAACCAAUAAGUCGAAAUGAUCAUUCCAGUGUGAGCUCGGUUUUUGUGUGUGGUUUUCCACUUCACUCAGUAGAUGAAAUACGUUUUUGCUGGAUUCUCCUGUUGUUGAGCAUACGUUCACGUGCUGCUGCACGUCUUUCGCUCAGUGAAAUGGCGGCCGUGCUCUUGUUGCUGCUGCUCUUUUCAUCAUUGGACUUGGAUGCGGCAGGUUCGGAUGAUUCAACUGGCUUGGGUUUGUUGGCUGGACUAGUCCCUUUAUUGUCGUAAUAUUUCAAUUUUAGAUUAUUCCUUUAAUUAUUCCUUUUUUUAUUAGGUUAUUCUUACUUCGAAAUGAUGGGCGGCGUUGUGAUGGGGCAUCGACCGAAGAAGAAUGGUUGGAUAGAUCAGGGUUUUCAACCGCCGAAUCCGUUGAUUUAGCCUCUGGCUUUUGCACAUCCUCCUGUUCUGCGUCAACCGACUGAGCAGCGAAAACAAACAACACGGAAUUACAUAAACAAUUUCAAGCAACGAAACGAGUCAAGCGAAGCCAAGCAUUACGGCUGAGUUUCGUCGUUCCCCAUAGUUGUUGCGCCGAGACUGCAGUCUCCUGUUCAAAUUAGAUUGGCCGCUGCUGGGCAAAGCAGUCCUGUCUGAGUAAGGCCUUAUAACGCUGGUCUCAGCAUUGCUGGCCGCGGCGCCCGUUCUGGCUCUGGAUUGCUGCCUGUUUUGGGGUCGGUUGGGUCUGCCUGCGAAAUCGCUAGAGAACCCGGAAGGCUCGUCUUCUUUGGGCCAGGCAACGUCUACAGAAACGGUUAAGCCAUAAAAUGUUAUCUGUUCAUCUUGCUCUCUGCCCUUCACAAUUUGAAAUUUCUUUUUAAUGACUUACCACCGAAGAUUUUCUUGAACUCGAAAGGCCCGUAAGUGUCGUCGCUGUUGACUCGGCUGAAAAAUGGAUCGUCACUGACUUGUGUGUUGUCUUUCUGACCUGGCCUAAUUCUUUGGUUGUUAACAGGUCUGCGACGAGAGCUGCUGGGUCGCUUGAAUCCUAUGUCCUCUGCGAAUCGUCCUUCCUGGGGCGCUUCCGCGUCGGCAGUUGGCUCUUCGGAGUUGAACGUUGGGAAAUCGGUGGUCUGAGCUGUAUCGACAUCUACUGGAGAAUCAUCUGCGUCUUCUUGUAGGGGAGCGACGGGGAAUGGAGCCGCAUCCACGUCGUCCGAUUGGAACUCGGGGAACCUAGGUGGUUCGCUGUUUUCCUGGAAGCCCUGGAAACUGCUAGGUGUUUCUUCAGGUACAUUUUGCGUUUGUUCAGGCACCUCUUCUUGUUCGUCGAGUUGGAACGGUUGUUCCGGCUGCUGUUGGGGGAAUUCUUGUUGCGGCUGUUGAGGGAAUUCUUGUUGCGGCUGCUGGGCAAAUUCUUGUUGCUGUUGAGGAAAUUCUUCUUGUUGCAGGGGGAAUUCCGGUUCUUGUUGGGGGAAUUCUUGUUGUUGUAGGGGGAAUUCCGGUUGUUGUUGAGGGAACACUUCCUGUUGUAGGGGGAAUUCUUGUUGGGGUUGUCGGGGAAAUUCUUGCUGUUGUAGGGGGAACUCUUGCUGUUGUAGCGGGAACUCCUGCUGUUGCAGCGGGAACUCCUGCUGUUGCAGCGGGAACUCUUGCUGUUGUAGCGGGAACUCUUGCUGGGGUUGUUGGGGGAAUUCUUGCUGUUGCAGAGGGAAUUCUGGUUGUUGUUGGGAGAAAUCGGGCUGUUGGGAGAACUGAGGUUGUUCUGGUUUGAAAGCUCCUGGAUUAGUUUCUACCUCGUCAUCGUCGUCUUCAUCUGCGUCAUCUUCUGCUUGUUGUGGCUGAAUAGCUUGUGGAGCUUUUCCAAAAGUCUGGAACUUCAAAGGUAGUCCCUCGUUGUUGGGGUUGUAGUUGUGGAAGGGAGGGAAAGUCGGAUAGGACGGAUAAGUAGACGGACGCUCGUUCGGUUGUGGUGUAGUUGGUGGGGCAAUGUAGGAAGGCGUCGUGGCAGGAGGAGCAGCUUCGGUUGUCUGCGGGGAAGGUGCUGGUCGUUGAUAAGAUGGAAUACUCAAUGGAGCUGGGCGCUGGUAUGGUGGGAUAGUGGGUGUUGCUGGGCGCUGGUACGGUGGGAUCGUCGGAGCUGCUGGUCGCUGGUAAGGUGCCGGGGUAGUAGGCCGAGGUCGGUAGGCAACUUGGACAGGUGGGCGAGGCGAGCUGGGAGGUGGGCGGACAUAGUUAGUUGGUGGCUUGUACGGAGCCGGGUAAUCGGGUUUCUGGUACGUAUUUUGUGUAGGAACUGAUUCUUGAAUGCUAUGUGCUGUCUGCUCUCCUGGGUUGUUGAAUUCAUCCUCAUCGCCGAAAUUCGGGGGUGGAAUCCAUUCCUGCUCAGCUGGUCGGCUGACAAUUUGGCUAGCUGGGUCGAAGGAAUACUGAUCGGGUUCGAAGCUCAACGCGAAUGGAUCAGAUGGAACUGGCGCUCCUGGGAAUCCGGAACCGAAAUUGUUGUAACCACCAACCUCUGGGCGAAUGGGGUAUUGAGGUUCGUAGGAUGGAGCUCCUGCAGGGGGAAUGUAUUGUUGCGGCUCAGUCGGUGGAGAAUAGGAUGGCGCUUCGUACGAAGGUGGUGAUGGCGUUGGGUAAGAUGGCUCGGUAGGUUGAUUAUAAGAUGGCUCAGAUGGUGUAUUGUAGGACGGCUCGGAAGGUGGCGAAUAAGAUGGUGGAGAUGGCGCGCUGUAAGAUGGUGAAGAGUAAGAUGGCGGUGAGAAUGGUGGCGAAGGGAACGAAGAUGAAUCGAAAGAUGGAGGCUCGAACGAUGGCAAGGAUGGUGAUGGAUACGAAGACUCAGAUGGCGGCGAGUACGAUGGCUGCGAUGGUGGGGAAUAGGAGGGCGGUGAAUAAGAUGGUUCAGAUGGUGGCGAAUAAGAUGGUGGCGAAUAAGAUGGUGGCGAAUAAGAUGGUGAUGGGUAUGAAGGUGGCUGAUAUGAUGGCGGCUGAUAUGAUGGCGGUGAGUAAGACGGCUCAGAUGGUGGUGAGUAAGACGGCUCAGAUGGUGGUGAGUAAGAGGGCUCAGAUGGGGGGGAGUAAGCCGGUGGGGAAGGUGGAGAGUAAGCCGGUGGGGAAGGUGGAGAGUAAGCUGGUGGGGAAGGUGCAGAGUAAGCUGGUGGGGAAGGUGGAGAAUAAGAUGGCGUCGAUGGCGGGGAAUAAGAUGGCGUCGAUGGUGGUGAAUAUGACGGAGCGGAGUAUGUUGGCGUAGGAGCUCCGUAUGUUGGUUUAGGGUGGUGAACUGGUUUCGCCUUGGGAGCCUUAUAGGUCGACUUUGGUGGCUUGUGUGCAGGUUUCGGGGCACCGUACGUAGGUUUAGGAGCUUCAUAUGCAGGUUUAGGAGCUUCAUAGGCUGGUUUAGGAGCUUCAUAGGCUGGUUUAGGUGCUUCAUAAGCAGGGGCUUUUGGUGCUUCGUACGAUGGAGCUGCGUAAGUUUGCGUAGGAGCGCUGUAUGUUGGCUUGGGUUUGUGAGCCGGAGGAUUGUAAGAUGGAGCACUGUAGGCCGGGGCAGGAGGAUUGUAAGCCGGAGGACUGUAUGCUGGAGCAGCAGGGGCGUUGUAGGCAGGAGCCGCUGGGGCGUUGUAAGCAGGAGUAUUGUAGGCUGCAGCUGGCCCGCUGUAAGCUGGAGCAUUGUAGGCUGGGGCUGAUGGAGCGGUAUAGGUAGGUGCGGAAUAAGUGGGCUUCUUCUUCUUGUAACCCUUAGGCUUCUUGGGCUUCCUUUGCUUCUUGGUUUUCUUGGCUUUCUUAUAAGGUUUCACUUUCUUCGCUUUUGCAGGGCGAUCGUAGCUCUGCUUGCUGCUCUUGUACUUGGGUUUAAACAGAGGCAUGAAACGGAAAGUUUCGAUGGCAGAGCGAUCGGGCAUGGCAGCCAUGAGGACUUCUUUGGCUUCGCUAACCAUCAGAUCGAGGAGGCGGCGCUGGAAGGCACGAGCUUCACUUUCCAUUGAGCCAUCAGCAGCGGAUCCAACUUCGGUGGUAUCUUCUCCAUCAAUGCGUGAUGUCACAUCUUUUUCAGCCUCUCCCUCAACGACGUCGACACGUUCUUCAGCUUCAGUUUCCUCGCCUUCUUCUUCUCCUUCUUCUCCUUCAGUGGCAUCGUCAGAUCGUUCAGUGUCGUCUUCACCUUCUUCUUCAUCUUCAUCCUCAGCCUCUUCCUCUUCCGGUUCAGCUUCCAGUUUAUCAGAGUCAGCUCGGCUUUCUGCAACUUCUUCGGGCUGUUGAUCACCUUCAGUUUUGGUAUCCGUCUGGGCUUCAGCGAUGGCGACUGAUGGCUCCUCGUCAACUGGAGCGGGUGAAGUUUCAAUAGUUUCAACAGGUUCUUUGGCUGUUUCGAUUUCUUCUACUUUGGGAAUCUCUUCAUUAUCCAAGGAUAAAGUGGUUGUGCUUGAAGAAGAAUCGCUAAUGUUUUCAACGGUGACUCUUUCAACCGUCUCGUCUUGUUCCGGUGCGUCAGUUUCCGUCGUUUCAACGACUUCGGAAGCAGUUGUUUGUCGCUGUCCAAAUCGUGAGCGAGCCUUCAUGAAUCUUUCGCGAAGUGCUUGCAUUUCUUGAUUGAGUGCUGGGGCUGGAACAAUCACCUCCGACGGCCCUUGGCUCUCCAUCAUGAUUUGGUCAAGGUAGACUUGUCGAGGACGAGCCGUUUCGGCGAUGGAUGCAAUGCCAAGGACGAGGAUGGCUGCCAUGGCCACAAAGGCAAAUGGCUGCUGCUUCUGCUGCAUUUUCUGGUCGAAAAAUAAAUACCAACUGCCGGGUUCCAGGACAUUUGAAAAGAAAAAAGAAAAUGUUUGGUGGUCAACAUAGACAGUAACCAACGGAUAAUAAUAAGCAACGGUUCACGUGCAUUGAACGGUAUGAAUAAAGCGUGAAAAAGGUUUGGGUCCUAUGAAACACGCAACACCAGCACAUGGGGGCUUGAGCAAACAAAGUCAUUGCUACGCAACGAUGCGUGACUCUUUCACAGAGCAAGAAAAAGCAACGGAAUCUAAACUGAGCCGGUACACAAGUCGUCGUAAUAAUUGUUAUUAGUAUCAUUGCUGUCUCUCUCUUUUUUCCUCACUAUCUCACGCCCUCCAGCAGCCUGAUUGACGCCCACCGCUUUUACAGGUAGCACCUCACAAUGAGGUUGUGUACCACCAUCUGUAUCAUCUUCGAAUGGAAAUGGCCACCCGUAUUGUAAGUUCUCACAUGCGAUGACCUGCUUUUUUAAAAACGAACCCCUGGACCACGUUCCUGAGAUCUGCUGCAAUUCUGAUGUACGACUGCUGACGCCAUGGUAGAAUGAUAGCCUAUUAUACAAUUAAGUUCUGCACAACAGGUGGGCAAGUGUGUCAACUGUUCCUUCUCCUCACGUUGAUGUACUGCUGGGGCUGUUUCCAUCAUCGACGUCCAUUUUCGUUGGAAGUACGCUCCGGGGACGCUCUGUUAGACCAGCGUACCGCCUCUACUUGCUAUUGCUCGUGGCUGUUGUUGUUGCCUGGAACAUGUGCAGGAGGAGGGACAUAGGACCGAAUGGAAUUUGUUGGAAAAUUAAACAAAAAAAGAAAGAAAAAAAAAACCCACAACAGAAGAUGACUACAACCUUUAAAUUAUGGAUACGAGUUUGGAACAUUUUCCCUUUUCACCUGGAAAGUUUUCGUUAGGCUCGAACGACAGAUUUCUAACUCUGGAGCAUGUGCGUGAAAGAACUCCCACAUCGGUCAUGUGGCAAGAAAUAUUCGAAUUCCAUUCAACCAACGACGCCAAGAAUGUUUAACCGUACGAAAAUUCCAGCGAAUGUUUUGCUAUACUCCGCAUACGACUAAUUACCAGCAGCAAAACCAAGAUGUGAGAUAGACACAAAGAGUCUUGUUGCUCGGUGAAUGAUCCAAGUGCUAUGAGCUCUGGCCUGGUUUUGAUUUUUUCUCGCUCAUUCCUCCUCUCUGCGGCGCCGUCAUACAUCACGCCAAGUGUAACGAUACAUGGCCACUGGUCAAAUAGCCAAACGCGUUUAUUCCGGUACCUUAUAGCUAUCAAAUCUGUAUAGGAUCUAUAUCGUAUCGUUGGCAUUAUUAUUAUUUUUAUCUAUUUUAACCGCGAAUUUUCGUGUGGUAUUUAAUUUUUUCACGCUUUUUUACACAGUCAGUUAGGUCAAAUAAAAUGUUAAGAACCUUC